AUGUACAGUUUCGAUAAGGAUCUGUGGCACGUGAGAAGACCAUCGGAGAGUCAGGAGACACCACCUUCUGAGGAGGCACGACGUAGCGAGUCACCGACCAGCGCAGUGGGCGCGGAGUCGCCCCGUGAACUGCCUAAUGAGCUGUCGGCACCUUACGAAGUUCCUCAGUUCCCUAUAGAGCAAAUUGAGAAGAAAUUGCUCAUACAGAGGCAACUAAACGUCAAGGCAGCAGAAUGCGGCCAAUCAGUCAGGUCGUUCGGUGGCAGCGAGGCUGGUGGUGCCAACGCUGUGUUCGACGAAAGACUUCGGAUCCAGGAUGACGACGAAAUCGAUAUAGUGCUUCCUCACUUUCAAAGAGUCGCUAUAAGUGGAGAGGACACUUCUGGGGUACCACUGGAGGAUCUCCAAUUAGCAUCCUCGUACUUGGUACAAGCUCUGGACAUGCGCAAACGCUACAUGUCGAUGUCCCAGCAGAGUUACGCGACGAUAACAGCGCGUUUCGUUCGCUCUAUGGACGCGGAUGCACCACACAAUCACGCACCUACUGUCACACUGGCUCAGAGGCACAUCGCUGAUCACAUAGUCCACCCACCUUUCCGAGCAGGUAAGGACCCGUGGGAGGGUCACCAUCCUCCACCGAAGGGGUACACCAUUAAAUCAGAGAGUGGUGUCUUCAACGUUUUCAAGAAGGGCGAAGAUGGCGAAGAGAUCAGAUUGCCCUAUGAAUAUAUUACGCUGCAGCAGUACAUACAGGAUAAGAUCACCAUGUGCAAUAUGAUUGCUGAUGGACCUCUGAAAUCCUUCUGCUACCGUCGUCUGUCGUAUUUGUCGUCCAAGUUCCAACUGCACGUGUUGCUCAACGAACUAAGAGAGCUGGCUUCACAGAAAGCAGUCCCCCACAGAGACUUCUAUAAUAUCAGGAAAGUAGACACCCACAUCCACGCAGCCUCAUGCAUGAAUCAAAAGCAUCUGCUGCGCUUCAUCAAGAAAACACUUAAGAACCACGCGGAUGAAGUGGUGACUCUCCACAAAGGCACUCCAAUGACGCUGAAGGCUGUCUUCCAAUCCAUGAACCUCAGCACCUACGACCUGACUGUGGAUAUGCUGGAUGUACACGCUGACCGCAACACCUUCCACCGGUUCGACAAGUUCAACGCGAAGUACAACCCCAUCGGCGAGAGCAGACUGAGGGAGGUGUUCCUCAAAACUGACAACUAUAUGAACGGGAAGUACUUCGCCAGGAUAAUCAAGGAAGUGGCAUUCGAUCUAGAAGAAAGCAAGUACCAGAAUGCAGAACUUCGUCUCUCCAUCUACGGCAAGAGUCCCGGCGAAUGGGCCAAACUCGCCAAGUGGGCCAUACAGUACAACGUGUACUCGGACAAUGUCCGCUGGCUCAUACAGAUACCUCGACUAUACGACAUCUUCAAGUCGAACAAGAUAAUGAACAACUUCCAGGAGAUACUGAACAACAUCUUCCUGCCGCUGUUCGAGGUCACCAACGACCCCAACUGCAACAUUGAACUGCACAAGUUUCUCACUCACGUGGUGGGCUUCGACAGCGUGGACGACGAGUCCAAGCCUGAGAACCCUAUGCUGGACCCUGAUGUGAAGAGUCCAGAAGAAUGGGACGAUGAGGAGAAUCCUCCGUACGCGUAUUACCUGUACUACAUGUACGCCAACAUGACCGUGCUCAACCACUUCAGGAAGGAGCAAGGAAUGAACACCUUCGUGCUCCGUCCCCACUGCGGCGAAGCUGGUGCAGUGCAGCACUUAGUCUGCGGGUUCCUGCUCGCCGAGAACAUCUCCCACGGUCUCUUACUUAGGAAGGUGCCAGUUCUCCAAUACCUGUACUACCUGGCCCAGAUCUAUAUCGCCAUGUCUCCUCUGUCGAACAACUCUUUGUUCCUCAACUAUCACCGGAACCCGUUGCCCGAGUUCCUGGCCAGAGGACUGUGCAUCACACUGAGUACUGAUGACCCUCUGCAAUUCCACUUUACCAAGGAGCCGCUGAUGGAGGAGUACAGCAUAGCAGCGCAGGUGUGGAAGCUCAGCUCAUGUGACAUGUGCGAACUUGCCAGGAAUUCCGUGCUCAUGUCCGGAUUCCCCCACGAGAUGAAGCAGUACUGGCUAGGCCCCAACUACAUGAAGGAGGGCGUGGCCGGUAACGACAUCACCCGCACUAACGUACCCGACAUCCGCAUCUCCUUCCGACACGAGACCUUGCUCGACGAGCUAACCAACAUAUUCAAGUCCCGGUCAGCGCCGCCCGCCUCACCCCUGCCAGUCAGCGGCGCCGUGUCCCCGGGUAUACCCAACUUCAAAGCGCCCAUCGUCAGCCUGAAGCGACCAUCUCUUGUAUAA